AUGCAGCAUACGCAUGAGGCAGGAAGACUACCUGCACGGUUGGAAUGCAGCGUUCAGCGCGGCGAAGUGCCGCAGCAAACCCAGUUCCGCCCACCACAGUUCGCAGCGGCACAGGACUACGCGCGACGAAUGGAGCCGGUUGCACAGCAAGCGAUGCAUGUACCAGAUGAGCGGCAGCGCAGGCUCACGAUUCGCAAGUUUGACGGAUCGGAGCUGUACCGAGGUCUGGGCUCCGGGUUUUUAGAUUGGGAUCGGGCGUUCAUGCGUCAGAUUCAGUACGCGCAAGCAGCGUGUGGUUUUGAAUGGUCAGAAGACGUGAAGACUGACUUGCUUGGUCACUACUUGAGUGGUCACUACUUGAGUGGCACGGCCGAGCGGUGCUACAACAAGCAGGUCGAGACUUGGUGGCGCCAGCUCCUGACGCUGGACUAUGUUAUGAGCGACUACACCCGACGUUCAAGAUGA